AUUUAUAUAUUUAGAAAAUGUUAAAAUAGCUCUCACUCUCCUCUCUCUACUCCGAGUCUCAAUCCCCUCUGUGUGAGUUGCACGAUUUGAGAAAUUGACUUGCAGAAAGCAGACUUGAAACCAACAGAGAGGGAAAAGAGGCCAGCGAUGGAUCCAGAUUCUGUGGCCAAGGCAUUCGUGGAGCACUACUACUCCACCUUCGAUGCGAAUCGGGCCGGCCUCGCCAGCCUCUACCAAGACGGCUCCAUGCUCACCUUCGAGGGCCAGAAGAUCAUGGGAUCCACCAACAUCGUCGCCAAGCUCACCAGUUUGCCGUUCCAGCAGUGUCAGCACCACAUCAGCACCGUCGAUUGUCAGCCGUCCGGCCCAGCCGGCGGAAUGCUUGUCUUCGUCUCUGGAAAUCUGCAGCUCGCCGGCGAGCAGCACAUGCUCAAGUUCAGUCAGGUAAUUUCGUCGAAUUUUCUCAUCCGUUUUGAUCGAGAUUUGUUAAUCGUGUGAUCGCUGGCUGGAUUU